AACCGUAUCGCAUUUAUUUAUUUUCUUCUACGGUACCGGUACAUAUCUCUCUCCCCCUUCCCUCCCCUUCCCUCCUCCCCUUUCCCUCCUGGGCUCCCGACGGGAUCCGAAACGCGUCCUCCCGAGCACCUGGCUGGAAAUUCCAACUCUAUCGUGAGUUGCUCAUGUGGAUAACUCUUUUUUUUUCUUUUCUUUCGCUCUGGGUUCCUAGAUUUCUCCUUGCGCAUGCCAGUCUACCAGGUACCCAUGAUUGAUUGCGCGAAGAUGCUUGUUGCGCUGGAUGCGAAAAAAGGGGCUCUCCAACCCAGCCCGACGGCAACGCGGGCCAAACACAUCACAACCACAAACUUCAUGUACCGUACUGUACGGUAAUCUGUCGGAUCCCCUCCCCUGUCACCUUUUGCGCCUUUUACCUUCGCAAUUCGUAACUUCUUUGUGUUCUGAAGCCAUCCGUCCAUUCUGUGUCGGUAAUUCAUCUCUUCAGCCCAGCUCAAAGCUGAUCUCAGGAUCAUUCCCCGCUGGUCCUUGUACGAGUACCGUAGGUAAAGUAAUGAGUCUUCCCCGUCGCCCGCCUGGUGGCUGCGCCAAUCGGGUAGUGCUUCCAAUCUUCUCAACUAACCCUGUUCAGUCAUCGACAACCGAAAAUCCACCAAGCGGCCUGAACCACUCAAAACGCUCAGAUACCGCCCGAGCAGCAAUUCACCCAACUCAGGUUCCGCAAGUGCGGUACUGAACGGUACUCGAGCACCAAGUUAGUAAUCGAGUACCGUACUUCUAUGAUAAUACGGUACGGUACUCGUGCAAAUAAUUGCCAUCAGGAAAGAAUCCGGACUCGUUCCCGAUUUUCCCGACUCAGCGUGACCCGCACAUUGGACGCGUACUUUCCACAAACAUGGGCUGGCGUGUUUUGACUUUUUCUACUAUCCACUGUACGACCCCCUCUUAUGAUAUCGUACUAGCCUUUGACCUCCUCUUCCAAUCUCCUAAACAAUCCUUGCCACCCUAAAAACUGGGG